AUGGAUUGGUUCGGACGACGGCCGCUUCUGCUGCUGGGCAGUGUAAUAAUGACCGUUUCCCACAUCAUCAUUGUGGUCCUGGUCGGCUUGUACCUUGACAGUUUGAGCGAUCAUAAAGACAAAGGCUGGGUGGCCGUGGCUUUCCCCUUCCUGUACAUGAUGACCUUCGAGAUGACUGGUGUCCCGUUCUAUGGGCCAUGCCAUCUGAAAUCUUUCCCAGCUUUCUGCGAGCGAAAGGCGUGGCGUGGAGUACCUGAAGCAACUGGCUCAAUAAUUUCAUCAUUGAGACAAAAGGGCGGAGUCUGGAAGAUAUGGACCGAGUGUUCGGAGAUCGGGCUGCAGCUGCAGAUAAAGCUCGAAGGAAAGAAAUCCUCAGAGAGCCUAAAGCAAAAUGACGGUCGAAUGAAACAAGAGGAAGCAAAGACAGUGUGA